CAUUUUGUUUGUGCGGACAGACUGUCAGAAACAGGAGGAGAUAACCGAGAGAAGGAGCGACUCCGGCUACCGACGGCAGCCGCUCCGGGGGAACCACCGGGGGGAAGAGAAAAGAGUGGCCGAAUCCUGUCCGCGUUUUCUGGACGGAGGAAGCAUCGCGACGACGAUAAGACGUCGGCGGAGGGAAAAGCGACUCGGUGACAUAUUUAUAUGUAUGCAUGAGAAGGAAAUACUUCGAAAAAAUCCAAGGAAGGGGGUGUUUUACGGAGCGGAGACGGGGAGGAGAGGCGGAAGAAGGGCUGUGUGUCGUACCGAGAGGGGGGAAAAAACGCUGCGAGUCCGGGCUAAACAGCAACAUGAAAAAUCAUUAUGUGUCCGUCGCGGAGGAAGGAAAGAGCCCGCAUAGACAAUUAUAUAAAUAAAUUGCUGCCGGGCAGAAGGGAGAGGUGGAAAGAAAGACGGGUUUAAAGAGAAGGGGGAAAAUUGCCAGGAUCAACACGAAGGGGGGCUUUCACCAUCACAAAAGAGGCAACGAGAGGAUUUUGUCAGCCCCAAAUAUUUUCCAGGGGGGGUGUCAACAUUAUUGUGCCGAUCCGAAGCUUCCGAAAGAGCCAUAAUUUUUUCUCUCUCGUCAAUUUCUUCUCACAUUUUUUUCUUCUUCUUCUCGUCCGUCGCCGUUGCUCCUGCUUUUGGUUCCUUUUCUCGCUGCACGGCCAAGACCUCUAUCCACAGAUACAUCCACAGUGCUCUUCAUCAUCUCUUGUUGGAGGAGGAACCUCGUUUUCUUUCUUUUUUUAUUGGAGCACAAGUAACCCAACAGACCGUCCUCUGCAAAAAAAAUAAUAAAAAUAUAUAUCUGACUAAUUGGAUCAAUCUGACUGCCCGCUGAUUGGCAAUUUGCACUGAUUGCCCUCAAGAAGUACACCAAGAAAUAAAAGUGUGCAUGCGCAGAGACUGCACCAGAUCAGUGUUUAUUGUUGUUAUUAUUUUGCAGAUUUUUCUGGGUUUUUUUUAAGUCUUUGCUAACCUCGCUGACUGCAACAGACGUUUCGCGCAAAGGGGGUUGCAACAAACCAAAUGUGCAAUACGAGUCUUUCUGACCCAGUGCCUUGCAUGGUCAAAUACUGAAGUGCACAGAUUAGCCAGCAUGCACAUGCAAAGGAAAAGUCACGCGUGGACGUACACAGCCGCAACAGCUUUUAUUUUUACUUGAGUAACUGCAGAGUGCGGUGUUUUCAUCCGUCCGCACAGCUGUUACACUAUUUAUUCAGUUACUGUUGAGCCGAUGCAAGUUCUGUUGGAGAGCUUUAACUACUGCUGGUGGUUCUCACACACCGGCUCACUGCCUUUUGGUUUUUUCUCCUUUUUAAAUUUUUUUUUGCUCUGGAAACGAAGCGACUGCCAGCUGAGAUGUGUGCAGCUCAGGUGAGAGACAUGGUCAAUGCAGGCGAGGAUCUGUGAACUGUUGCAUGAGAGAGCGGCCUCCCGAAGUUAUCCCGGGGAUCCUCCUGGCUGGAGCUUCUGGAUCACACUUGUCAUUUUCGUGCCCUCACCAAGACACGCCUCUGGAGCGUUUCAAAUCACAAAUAAAGGAUUUCUCCGCCGACUAUGGCGGCCAGGACGGAGUGCAGCACGGAAGACGGAUCUUGGGACAGUUUUUUUGUCGCAGAAGAGGCUACAUGAGGUUGUCAGAGGGCCGCACGCUUGCCUUUUUCGCCGACUCCACCUUCCCACCUCCUCCUGUUCAAAUCUGUGAAGAAACCAAAUCUCCGGCAGGGGAGGGGGACUGAUAUCUGCAGAGGAACAGACCGAGAGGGAGGACUGAGAGUUCAACAUUGCUGUCCUCUCCCCUACCGUCCCCCAAGCGGUGGGGGAACGAUCACAAACACUUCUUGAACGGGAGUAGGAGACGCAAAUAAGGGACUUACAUUUGCCCUCCGUGGAUCUACAGCAUUUUUUUUUUAUUUCGUCAAAAAUAUGGCCGAUAAUGUCCUGGAGUCCGGCCCGCCUUCAGCCAAGAGGCCCAAGCUGUCCUCUCCAGCUCUCUCCGUGUCUGCCAGUGAUGGAAACGAUUUUGGUUCACUCUUUGACCUGGAACACGACCUCCCAGAUGAGCUUAUCAGUUCUUCGGACCUGGGACUGACCAACGGAGGGGAUGCCAGCCAACUUCAUACCAGUCUUGGAGGGGUUGGAGGAGGGAUUGGUGUUGGAGGUGGCCAGGAUGCAGCUGCAAAACACAAGCAGCUCUCUGAGCUCUUGCGUGCUGGAGCACCAGCACAGCAGGGUGGUCCUACUUCCAAUAGCACACCACCCGGGGCGUCUAUGGCGAUGAUGGGGGGUGUCGGUGUCUCCACUGGUGGACCUCAAGGGAUGACCCCCCAGGGCCAGCAGCAGCAGCAACCGGGACUAAUGCAGCAGGUUGGAAUGGUUGGAGGGGUGGCAGCGCUCAAUCGGGCAGCAGCCAUGAUGGGAGCCCAGAAGGGCAACACUGGACAGCAACAACAAGGGCUGAUAGGGGGACAGGUAGUAAACGGUUCGCCCAGAAUGGGUUACCCUGGCAGUGCCGGCAUGGGUAGCAAUAGUAAUCUGUUGGCUGAAACCCUACAGCAGCAGCAAGGAGGUCAGCAAAUGGGAGCCGGAGGUCAGGCAGGGAUGAGACCGCAGCAGCCUGGAGCACUGAACAAGAUGAAUAUGAUGGCCAACGCGGGCCCCUAUGGUGGUCCGUACGGCCAGUCUGCCGGCCAGGGGCUUCCUGGAGCAGGGCUGGGCCCACAGCUCCAGAAUAAAGCAGGUCUGCCCAACAACAUGGCCGCCCAGUUCAGCAUGGACAAGAAGGCGCCACCGGGUCAAGCGAUGCCUGGAAUGACUCCCCAGCAGCAGCAGCAGCAGCAGCCCGGAGCCGUCGGCGGCGCGGCCAUCGGCGGAGCAGCAGCAGUGGGAGGGGCCCAGGUUGGAUUAGGUGCUGUAGGGGCAGGGCACGGCACGACGCCCCCUACUGCAGACCCUGAGAAGCGGAAGCUGAUUCAACAGCAGCUGGUCCUCUUGCUCCACGCGCACAAGUGCCAACGGAGGGAACAGGCCAACGGGGAAGUGCGGCAGUGCAACCUGCCCCACUGCCGCACCAUGAAGAACGUGCUCAACCACAUGACUCAUUGCCAGGCUGGCAAGUCCUGCCAGGUGGCGCACUGUGCCUCAUCCAGACAGAUCAUCUCUCAUUGGAAGAAUUGCACAAGACACGACUGUCCUGUAUGUCUGCCGCUGAAAAACGCUGGAGACAAGAGGAACCAGCAGUCGCUUGUCAACAGUGCAGGGGUGGGUUUAGUGAACUCUUUAGGUUCAGGGGUGCCAGGUGGACAGUCCAACACGCCGAACCUGAACCCUCCCAACCAGAUCGACCCCAGCUCCAUAGAGAGGGCCUAUGCUGCACUCGGCCUCACGUACCAGGGCAACCAGAUCCCACAGCAGUCACCGCAGGCCAACAUGCCAAACCAGGGGCUGCAGGGGCAGGCUGGGAUGAGGACUGUGAACGCCAUGGGAGGAAACUCUAUGGGAGUGAAUGGUGGAGUGGGGGUGCAGCCCCCCAACCAGCAGUCCACCCUACUGCCAGACGCCAUGUUGCACAACAGCAUGAAUGCACAGAGUUUGAUGAAUGAUGGUGUGGGGAACCUGGGCUCCAUGCCCACAGCCACUCCACCUUCCGCUGCAGGCAUGAGGAAGUCUUGGCAUGAAGACAUCACGCAAGACCUCCGCAACCACCUUGUCCACAAGCUUGUGCAGGCCAUCUUCCCCACUCCUGACCCAGCUGCACUAAAAGACCGGCGGAUGGAGAAUCUGGUGGCUUAUGCUCGGAAAGUAGAAGGGGACAUGUACGAGUCAGCCAACAGUAGGGCGGAGUACUACCACCUGCUGGCAGAGAAGAUCUACAAAAUCCAAAAGGAGCUGGAAGAGAAGAGGAGGACGCGGCUCCAGAAGCAGGGCAUGAUGCCUGGCCAGCCAGGCAUAGCGUCCUCAGGCCUCCCUCAGGGGCCUCCAGGCAUUGGCCAGCCACCCAUGCCCCCUGGGCAACCCCCUAAUGGACCUCAUCCUGAUCCGUCCAUGGUCAGACCAGCUGGACCCAAUCAGAUGGCAAACAGAAUGCAGAACCCAGCAGGGAUGAACCAGUUUGGUCAGAUGGGGAUGGGUCAAAGGUCGACGCCUCCUCUUCCUCUUAACCCUCCAAUGAACCAGAUGGGUAUGGGAGCCACAAGAAUAGGUCAGCCCAAUGCCACACAGUUGCAGAACCAGUAUCUUAAUCCAGGCCAAUUUCCCGGGUCCAGUCCUGGACUUGGUUCUGGUCCUGUUGGCAUGAACCAGCCAGCAGCGCAGACUGCCGUGCCACCGCAGAACCAGAUGUCAACGCCACCUUCCCUCCCAGCCAGCAGCCCUGCAGCACCUUCUGCCUCUUCUGCUCCCGGCCCCGGAGCACCUGGAGGCUGUAUGGGCUCUGCUAAUGCCAGUGGUGCCGGGCCUCUACCCAACCUGCCUCCAUCCUCCACCCCCACCCAGCCCAACUCCUUCGCUCACUGCGCACCCCUCCGAACCAACUCCCCGUCACCAGCACGCAGCUUAACGCCUCAGCCCCAUCAAACGCCGCCCAUGUUGCCUGGCUCUCAAACCCCACAGCCCCAGACCCCCAGCACACCCCAGCUUCCCCCUCCACAGCACCCACAGCAGCAGCAGCAACAACAACAACAACAACCCUCACAGCAGCAGCAGCAGCAGCCAUCAGGGCAGGCAGGGAACUCUGAGAAAACCAAUCAGCUUCCACAGCAGACGCUUGGGGGCGUGGCUUCCUCAGGCCCCCCAGCGGGUCAGACUCCUUCGGCGCCGACCCAGAAUGCUCAUGUGCCAUUACAGCUACCGCAGACCCCACUGUCUGCGAAGCCUUCUCUGACAGCAGAUGGUCAGGUAUCGUCUCCAGCGUCGGUCACCAGCAGCACUGAUCCAAACUCCCAGCUCGCCCCGGUAGAUGUCCCUGCUGCCAGCCACGAGGACAUCAAAAUGGAGGUGAAGAAGCAGGAGGAUGAAGAUGAAGGAGCUGACACCCAAAGCGAGGGCAAGGGGAAAAUGGGCAAGGGUCAAUCCGAUGUGAAGACUGAGGAGAAACCAGAGAUAAAGAAGCCAUCUGGAGAUGGGUGUAAAGGUGAGCCCAUGGAUACGUCUUCAUCCUCUGUGUCGUCGUCGGCGGUAGCAACGGGUGAAGACAAGAAGCCAGAGGUGAAGAAAGAGCCCAAAGAGGAAGAGGAGGGUUCAGGGUCAGCGUCCUCCAACAGCUCCCCAGCCAGCACUCAGAGCAAGAAGAAAAUCUUUAAACCGGAGGAGCUGCGUCAGGCUCUGAUGCCCACCCUGGAAGCUCUGUACCGGCAGGACCCUGAGUCCCUUCCCUUCCGUCAGCCGGUGGACCCCCAGUUACUGGGAAUACCCGUACGUAUUCGAACUAGUAACAAAACUAACCUGGACUACUUUGACAUCGUGAAGAACCCUAUGGACCUGUCGACCAUCAAGCGGAAGCUGGACACGGGACAGUACCAAGAGCCGUGGCAAUACGUGGAGGAUAUCUGGUUGAUGUUCAACAACGCCUGGCUGUACAACCGAAAGACGUCCCGGGUCUACAAGUACUGCUCCAAGCUGGCCGAGGUGUUUGAGUCGGAGAUCGACCCCGUCAUGCAGGGCCUAGGGUACUGUUGUGGGAGGAAGUUUGAGUUUUCCCCCCAAACUCUUUGCUGCUAUGGAAAACAAUUAUGCACCAUCCAACGCGACGCUGCUUAUUUUAGCUACCAGAACAGGUACCACUUCUGUGAGAAGUGUUUCAACGAAAUCCAAGGCGAGAGUGUUUCCCUGGGGGAUGACCCCUCCCAGCCUCAGACGUCCAUCAACAAAGAUCAGUUCCAACGAAAGAAGAACGACACACUCGACCCUGAGCUACUUGUGGAAUGUAUUGACUGCGGUCGUAAAAUGCACCAGAUCUGUGUCCUGCAUAACGACACCAUAUGGCCGUUAGGCUUCGUGUGUGACAACUGCCUCAAAAAGGCCAAUAAGACGCGGAAAGAGAACAAAUAUGCAGCCAAAAGGCUUCCUCAGACCAAGCUGGGGUGCUAUUUGGAGACACGAGUGAACGACUACCUCAAGCGGCAGCCUCACCCCGAGUCUGGCGAGGUCACCAUCCGUGUGGUCCACGUCUCAGACAAGGUGGUUGAGGUCAAGCCGGGCAUGAAGUCCAGGUUUGUGGACAGUGGAGAGAUGGCAGAGUCUUUUCCGUACAGGAUGAAAGCCCUGUUCGCGUUCGAGGACAUCGACGGAGCGGACGUAUGUUUUUUCGGCAUGCACGUUCAAGAGUACGGCUCGGACUGCCCGCCUCCCAACCAGAGACGAGUGUACAUCUCUUACCUGGACAGCGUGCACUUCUUCAAACCUCGACACCUCAGGACUCACGUCUACCACGAGAUCCUCCUGGGAUACCUGGAGUAUGUCAAAAGGCUGGGGUUUACAACGGGACACAUCUGGGCCUGCCCUCCCAGUGAAGGCGAUGACUACAUCUUCCACUGUCACCCAAUGGACCAGAAGAUUCCCAAGCCCAAACGCCUGCAGGAGUGGUACAAGAAGAUGCUGGACAAGGCUGUUGCUGAGCGCAUUGUCCACGACUACAAGGACAUCUUCAAGCAGGCGACAGAGGACCGGCUGACCAGUGCCAAGGAGCUGCCAUACUUUGAGGGCGACUUCUGGCCCAACGUACUGGAGGAGAGCAUCAAGGAGCUGGAGCAGGAGGAGGAGGAGAGGAAGAGGGAGGAGAACAGCACCUCCAACGAGAGCACAGAUGCCACAAAAGGAGACAGCAAGAAUGCCAAAAAGAAGAACAAUAAAAAGACGAGCAAGAACAAGAGCAGCUUGAGCCGAGCCAAUAAGAAGAAACCAGGGAUGCCCAACGUGUCCAAUGACCUUUCCCAGAAACUCUACGCCACUAUGGAGAAACACAAGGAGGUCUUCUUCGUCAUCCGCCUCAUUGCCGGCCCCACUGCCAACUCGCUGCCUCCCAUCACCGACUCGGAUCCUCUCAUGGCUUGUGACCUGAUGGAUGGCCGCGACGCCUUUCUCACUCUGGCCAGGGACAAGCACCUGGAGUUCAGCUCUUUAAGGAGGUCCAAAUGGAGCUCCAUGUGUAUGUUGGUGGAGCUCCACAACCAGAGCCAGGACCGCUUCGUCUAUACCUGCAAUGAGUGUAAACACCACGUUGAGACCCGCUUCCAUUGCACCGUCUGUGAGGACUACGACUUGUGCAUCACCUGCUACAACACUAAAGGUCACGAGCACAAGAUGGAUAAGCUGGGGCUCGGCCUGGAUGACGACAGCAACAACCAGGCGGCCGCAGCCACCCAGAGCCCUGGUGACUCUCGCCGCCUCAGCAUCCAGCGCUGCAUCCAGUCACUAGUCCACGCAUGCCAGUGCCGCAACGCCAACUGCUCC